AUGUCUUCAAAUCAUGGUCAACUACCUUCAGAGGGAUCUUCCUUCUAUGCCUUACAUGCUAAGGGUUUCGAAGAUAUUCCUAAUACUCAAGUAUCCAGACAAUCUGGACAUACGAGCUACUCGUUAGAGGAGCAAAAAGCCUGGACUGCGGGGCAGCAAUCUUCUGUGGCACCUACUCAAGACCUUUCAAGAGCUUCUACACUUAGCGCCACUGCUGAAGAAUUUAAGCCUGGUUACACAGCGACCAGCAACAAUGAUCACGAGUGGGCUUAA